AUGGUUUCUGCUACCUCGAAGGAAAUCAAUUGGACCACCAAGAUGCGGCUGUUACCAGCUUGUCUAGCUACCCUUUUGGCCGUCUCAGCGAGGAGCAAAUACAUUGUCCCCGGAGGUAGAUGGCGUGACACAGAUGGGAACUUCAUUAAUGCACACGGUGCCGGGAUCACCUUCGACCAGAAGUCCGGUCGCUUCUGGUGGUUUGGCGAACACAAGACAGAAGAGGAGCCGGAAGGCGGAGGUGUCUCUGUUUAUAGUUCGGAGGACCUGAGUACUUGGGAAUCGGGGGGUCUUGCAUUAGCUCCGAUCAAUGGACACCCAUAUAUCGCCCCCGGUAGCGUGAUCCAACGACCUAAAGUGGCCUACAGCGCGGAGACUGAGGAUUAUCAUAUGUGGUGGCAUGCGGAUAACUCCACCUACGGGCUGCUUCUCCAAGGUCACGCUGUGUCCUCCACGAUCGGCGGGCCGUACACUUUCGUCGACGCAACAGCGCCCCUUGGAAACUGGUCUCAGGAUUUCGGCUUGUUCACCGACUACAAGGACGGCCGAUCCUAUGCCCUCUACUCGAACGGAGACAGUCAGGAUGGACGAGAUGUGUACCUGACAACCAUGAACAAUAACCUCACGGCGCUCGAAAAGGUUGUGUAUCGAUUCCCAAAAUUCGAUCUGGAGGCGCCUACUAUCAUGCAGACAGAGAAGAGCUACUGGGCGCUUAUGAGCCAUAAAACAGGAUAUAGGCCAAACAGUAAGAGGCCUAGUUUACCAUUGUGUAUGGGUUGCUUGGCUAACUUUUCAGACGUUGUGGCAUUCCGGGCCGACUCACUAAGCGGUCCCUGGUCACAGCCGUUUAUCGUUGCCCCGUUAAAUACACGAACUUUUAACUCACAGUCUGGAUACACGCUCAGAAUCGAGGGAACGAAAAAGACAACGCACCUGUACAUUGGAGACCAAUGGGACUCCAAUUCUGUCUGGGACAGUCGCUAUAUCUGGUUGCCUAUUCAGACUGAUGAGUCUAAGAAGACUCUAGAGUUAGAGUGGCAUGAUGUUUACGAUCUUGAUGUGAAAACCGGGGACUGGAAACCUAUCAAGGGAACAACAUACACCGCGAAACAAGCGAAGACGCACGGUGAUACAUAUAAGCAGGAGGCUAACUUUGCUACCGACGGCGUUAUUCUAACUGGAAUAUACGGAAACGACAGCACCGUUACGUUCGAGAAUAUUGAGGGAUCUGGAAAACCGCAGUGGGUGUCAUUCUACUAUCAAAACACUGACGAUUUGGGUUUCGGCGACCAACCUGGAGGGAACCCGGACAGAAUUGGCGGUUCGUGGCAGCUACGUCGGAUUAGCAGCGUGGCGGUCAACGGAGACCCUUCGAGCAUACAAACUCUAUACCAACGAGAUACUCACAAAGGAGUCAUACUGUCUACUCCACUGCAGCUGACACUGAAGAAGGGGAAGAAGAAUACCAUUACAGUCGGGGGACUAUAUAAUGGGUUUGAUUACAAGGGUGCGGAUUUGGAUCGGAUAGUUGUGUAUCCUACUGAGAGGUAA